GCGGAAUCCCACCCAUCCUCCUCCCCUCUCUCUCUCGCGCGCGCGCUCUUACCCGCUCGUAGGCCCUUCAACAUGAGCAGAUCAGGCCAGCCACCGGAUCUCAAGAAUCAAGUUGAAUGCAAAUCGGAUGGUUGUUGGAACACUUCAUGGUUUUGACCAGUUUAUGAAUCUAGUGGUUGACAACACCGUGGAAAUGAACGGGAAUGAGAAAAAUGAUAUCGGAAUGGUGGUGAUCAGAGGAAAUAGCGUGGUCACUGUUGAGGCUCUUGAACCAGUAAACAGAACUUAGUAGUUUCAUAAUGCUGCGGAUUCUCUGUGUGAUCUAGUGUUUGCUUUGGAUGGCAUGGCUAUUAUUGUGUGAAGGAAGGUGUUCUGAUAAUCUGGAUUAGGUGCUGAUUUUGUGGAGCAGUUUAGAACUUAUUUCUGCAUUCCCAUUUUCAAGCACAGAUUUAAUAGUAUUGUUUAUUUGUAUGGAUGCUGUUGGAAUAGCCAUGACUUUGGUCAAUAUAGUUCUGAUACUUUAUAACGAUUGGCUUAUAUGCUUUGCUUCUCCA